AUCUCUAUAAAUGGUGAGUCCGUCACCUAGAUUGUUCAUAUCUCCAUUGCUAAGCAGAUAUGGCACCGGUGACCGGCUCUCUCAUUCUUCUCAUUCUGUGCUGUGCAGGAGCAUUAGCAGACAACCAUGACAAACCACCACAACCAUCAGAGAAACCAGGAAGAUGCCCACUAUCUAAACAAAUAUUUUGUAAUCCACCUCCUCCUUAUGAUUGCAACUCGGACAAAGAAUGUGACGGAAACCUGAAGUGCUGCAGGCAGGGAUGCAAUAAAAGUUGCACGGCUCCCAUCAUUGAUCCCAUCAUUGAGAAGCCCGGGACAUGCCCAUCACCCUGGUUCGUGUGCCCACAUGAUGAUGUGCCAUUUAAAAUAUGUACUGUGGACAGUGAUUGUACAGGAAACAGGAAAUGCUGUAACAUAAAAUGUAGACAACAGUGCAUCGAUGUGUAAUAAGUGAUGUGAGGCGGCUGGAUGCAUCUCCGUCCCUCACAGCGGAGGACACAUCGCCGAUCAGCCUCAGUAAUUCUCUCUUCUCGAGGCUUUUCCUUCUCUAGUUGCAGAUAACCCUGGGAGGUGACAGCGGUGAAGACACUCAGGGCCGGAUCCGCUGCCCCAGGUGCUCAGUCUGAAUACACCCCCAUUAUAGCCAGAUUUCUCCUCCUUCUCAGCGAUCAUAGUGACAUUUAUCAAUGUAAUAAAGCAGAAGAUGAAAAAUGA